UCAAACGGUUGGGAACAAGGAUUAAAGGGUUUUAUCACAAAUGCUUUUUUGAUGUGCACAUACACUGCUGCAAUUUUAAUUACUUAUCACUCAGGCCUAUGGAAACUCUUCGCCCUCGCAUGCCCAAUAUUACACAGCAUCAAACUCAUUGGAUGACUUCUCCGAGCCCCGUGGAUGCUUCACGCUGCCCUUUCUUGUCGCUUUUUAUCAUCUUCGCUUCUGGUCUGUAAGUGCCAUACUAGCACAAUUGUCCUAGCAUUCUUUUGAGUAGACUCGAAAUUUAUACAGUAAACCCUCCAUAACGGCACAAUGAACGGCACUUCGAACGCAUCCAAGCGCGCGGGACCUGCGCUUGGGACGACCUUUGAUGAGAUCCAUGGUUCUACGUAUUUGGAGAGGGAUUCGCACGGCCUCGCGCGACUUGGAAGGUCGCAGGUACUAAAGCGUCGAUUUGGAUUCCUUUCUGUUUUUGGAUUCAGCUGUUGUAUAUUGGCUACGUGGGAGUCAGCAGUAACGUUAUUUACAGAAGCAUUUGAAAAUGGUGGACCAGCGGCUUUGGCAUGGGGGUUUCCUAUUGCCUGGGUGUGUUCGUUAUCCGUUUAUCUAUGCUUGUCAGAGAUGGCGUCCAUUGCACCCAUAUCUGGAGGACAAUACUUUUGGGUUGCGAUUCUAGCGCCUCGAAAAUACAAGCGCUUCUGUGGCUACUUGACAGGAUGGUUAACUUCACUUGCGUGGAUCGCCACGCUCGCCGUGGGCAGUAUGUUUACGGGGACAAUUAUACAAGGGCUCAUCAUCUUGAACUACGCAGACUAUGAAGCCAAGAGUUAUCAUGGGACGUUCCUUGCUUGGGCCGUCAUUGCCGUGACCAUCUUCGUCAACACUGUAAUUGCUGGGCUCUUGCCUGUCCUAGAAGGAGUUAUCCUCUUGAUACAUGUGCUGGGAUUCAUUGCAAUCCUCAUUACACUGGUGUAUCUUUCGCCUCAUUCAUCAGCGGAGGAUGUUUUCUUUCGCUCUUUGAAUGAAGGUAACUGGCCAACCCAAGGCCUUUCAUACUGCGUCGGUUUCAUCGGCAAUGUAGCAACCUUUGUUGGGGCCGAUGCAGCUGUCCAUAUGUCGGAAGAGAUAGAAAAUGCGGCUUUGAAUGUACCUCGAGCCAUCUUCACCACUGUUAUACUAAACGGCAGCAUGGGAUGGGCCAUGGUACUCGCCGUUCUGUUCUGCCUCAGUGAUAUCGAGUCUGUCAUUAAUUCCCCCACAGGCUUCCCAUUCAUCCAGAUAUUUUAUAAUGGGACUGGCCGAGCCGGGGCUACGGCUAUGACGAUAGUCAUUCUCUUCAUAAUUUGGUGUGCUGUUAUCGGCUUCGCCGCCACUGCAAGCAGAAUGAUUUGGUCAUUUGCAAGAGACCACGGCCUGCCUUUCCAUGCGUUUAUCAGGAAGGUCCACACACGUACACGAGUUCCAGUCGUCGCUGUCAUUGUGGUGAAUGUUAUUCCUUGCUUGCUGCAUCUAAUCUAUAUUGGAUCUUCAACUGCGUAUAAUGAUGUUAUCUCCAUGUCAGUAUCUGGGCUAUAUGCAUCAUACCUCAUCCCAUGCAGCUUUCUCCUCUGGCGUCGCACAACCGGGCAAAUCAAGCCGUACAGGUCUCACGAGUACAGUGGCACGGAAAUAUACAUUGGGCAAGAAGGAGGCCCCAGCGGGGUCCAUUCGCCAACUCUUCAGAAUACUAGCGACUCCGAAACGGUACUUGAAGAACAGGAGCUGGAAUGGGGCCCCUGGCGCAUACCCGGGGUGCUCGGUAUCUUAAACAACGGUUUUGCCUGCCUCUACUGUGUAUGGGUACUCUUCUGGGAUUUUUGGCCGUCUAGCACAUCUGUAACUGCUGAGAGCAUGAACUACAGCGUGUUAAUCACAGGUGCAGUCAUCAUCUUUGCAGUAGCCCGUUACUUUCUAGGGGGAAAUGUGGGAUACAGAGGCCCGUUGGUAGACUAUGAAGUGAAAGGCUUCACAGCCCACCGUAAUUGAAAAACGAGCGUGCAGACCUUGGGAGCAGCGCGCAUGGUCAAUUGAAACAC